GGUAAAAACAUGCAAACGAGCCACAGGAGAGGCAGCUGACUGGCUCUGGCUGGGAAUCCGUCCCGUCACCAACAGGUUGGGUAACUUGUCCAUCAGCCGAAGAAGGCAGAGUCCAGAGCGCAGCCUCCCUCCUUCAUUCCACCUGCCGGCGAGACUACCUGGAGGAGCUCACCUGGCGCGCUCUCGCUCCCUCGCGCAGACACACACGCACGCCUGCGCGCCUGACUUCAGCUGCGGGUCUCGGCGACGCACCAGGGACCAAAGGAAAUGGGGAGUUUGCUGGGAGGCCUGGGCCUGCUGAUCUUCGGCUCUGUAUUCUUCUCAUGCUCCCACUCUGCAGCCAUUGGAGCCAACAGCACCCAACCAGGAUUCUGUGGAGUGCCCGCUAUGGGGCGAAUCAUGGGUGGCAUGAACGCCAACCAUGGACAGUGGCCCUGGCAGGUAUCCCUGAGCAGCAGCAAAAGCGGCCAUCACCUCUGCGGAGCGUCUCUCAUUGCCCCCCAGUGGCUAGUCACAGCGGCACAUUGCUUCCCUGUGAAGGCUGAAAUUGAAGACUACGAUGUCGUCCUGGGGGCCCAUCGGCUGAAUGACCCCCCAAACGGCCUGGAAGUUAUGCAGGUGGAGCAAGUGAUUAAGCACCCUGACUACGUGGAAGAAGAAGGCUCUAAAGGGGACAUUGCCCUGGUGAAGCUCAAGAAGGCAGUGAACUACAGCCGUACGAUCCGCCCCAUCUGCCUGCCCGCCUCUUCUGUCGUCUUCCCAGCCGGCAUGAAGUGUACCGUCACCGGCUGGGGGAACGUGCUCGUAUCCACAAGCCUCCCCACACCCAAGACGCUACAGCAGCUUGAAGUGCCCAUUAUUGGGACAGAGACUUGCAAGUGCCUGUACAGGCGAAACCCUGAUCCUGAGGAUCCCCUCACUGUCCACGACGACAUGAUCUGUGCUGGCUUUGCUGAGGGGAUGAAGGAUGCAUGCCAGGGUGACUCUGGAGGACCCCUUUCCUGUCUUAUUGGCAAUGCUUGGCUGCUGGCCGGAGUGGUGAGUUGGGGGGACGAAUGUGGAGCCCCCAACAGGCCUGGUAUCUACAGCCGCAUCUCAACCUAUGCCGACUGGAUUCAGGCAAAUGUUCCGGAGGUGCAGCUCAGCCAAGUGACCUCCGACGUGCAGCCCAUUUCGGAGGAGGGCAUGUGCUCCGACACUCCUGGCACUAGGCGGCCUGGACCUUACGAUGACAUCCAGCCUCAGCCAGGCUGGUCCCGUCCCAUCAACCCGACAAACCCUGCCUCGGGCAGUGCUGCGUCCUGGGCCUGCAUGUCCAGCCUGCCUCUUCUUGUGCUCUUCCUUCAGACCUUCCACUAUUUCUUAUAAAUCGUGGCUCAAGUGGGCCAAAUGACUGAUGUGUAGCCAGAGGGGGGAGCAGUCCCUUCCUACUCCAUGCUCAAGUGGGUGGUCCCACUAUUUCACAUUCUGCCAUGCCUCAGGUUUAUUUGCUUUGCUCUCUGGAAGCAUGUGAUGCUUUUGGUUUGAUUACAAAACGGCAGCCUUGUUCUGGAGCAGAGGGUUCCACCAAGCCAUGAA